AUGGCGGAGUGGCCUCAGUGGUGGAACAUGGCGGCGGAGGCGGCGAAUGGCAGCUUAACCUACAUCGGCGAGACGAAUGCGAUAGCGGAGGCCAUCAAUAAUGGCGCCCGCCAGCAGUACGGCCAGGCCGCCGAGGACUGCCGCGGAUUCGGCCCGGGCGUGCACCCGCCGCCCAACGCCGGCCAGGGCGCUUCCGCAGGCGGCGACAUCAUCGACCUCGCCAUCGGCCGGGUCAAGCGCAUCAGCAGGCUCCACGCCGUGCUGGGCAACGUCUUCUCCCUCUGCGUCGCGCGCAUCGGGCUCCAGGGCCACGCGCCGUGGCGAUGGGACAGGUGGCAACUCCACCACACCGACGCCGCCCGCCACGCGGAGACGGCGUCGCAGCGCCUGCUCUCCGCCAAGUCGCACGGCCAUACGGCCGACGCCGUCUUCCACGUCAUGCUCAGGCCGCCAUCGCCGCAAGCAGUCGCCCACGCCUGGGCACCCGCGGCCGAGCAGCUCCUGCGCCGGGCGAUCGACGAUCUGGCCGUGGUGGAGGCCGCGCUGGGGCAGAUGCGCACGGCCAUUGCCGCCGAGUACGCCGACGCCAUGAUCCUUCUGCAAGGCUGA